UAUUUGGGACCUGCCCGCCAUAGCACCGAGGUCUCGAGAAUGGCUCCGUCUCUCCCCCCGUCCGUCUGUCCUGCCGGCAGGAGUCCAGGGACGGCCGUCCGGGAGUGAAGGGUCCCUGAGGUGGUCAUGGAGUGUCUGCCUGGCUGGGGGCCAACUCCCUGCAGCCCCACGCCCUCCGCCGACGUCCUGAGCCUGGCCCUGUGUCUUCUCCUCCUGAGAGCCCCGCCCUGCGUGCUGGCCACGCCCUCGUGCAAAGAGGAGGAGUUCCCCACGGGGGCCGUGUGCUGCCCCAAGUGCAGGCCAGGCUACCGAGUGAAGGAGGCGUGCGGGGAGUUCGCGGGCACCGUGUGUGCGCCCUGCACGCCCGGCACCUUCACCGCCCACCUCAACGGCCUGCGCGAGUGCCUGCCCUGCCGCGUCUGUGACCCCGGCCUGGGCCAGGUGACCCGGCGGAACUGCUCCUCCACGGCCAACACCGUGUGCGGCUGCGGGCGCGGCCACUUCUGUGUGCGCGAGGACGGGGACGCCUGUGUCCAGUGCAGGCCCCACAGCGCCUGCCGCCCCGGCCAGAGCGUGCGGGAGACAGGCUCCGAGGGGCAGGACACGUGGUGUGAAGACUGCCCUCCGGGCACCUUCUCUGCGGGGGGCACCCAGCCGGCCUGCACGCCCUGGACCAAGUGCAGCGGCCUCCUGAACACCGUGGAGACGCCCGGGACCAACAGCUCCGACGUGACGUGCUCCCACAGAGUCCGCGUCAUCUCCCUGGUCGGAACCACCUCCGCCCUCAUUGUCCUCCUCGUCGCCAUUGCCCUUGGACUCAGGCACCUCAGGACCAGGAAGCUGUGUGGAGAAUUCGCCUUUCCUCGGGGAUUGCAGCCCGGCUCCCCGGCGGGGACAGGAGAGCGGGCAGAAAGGAAGCCGCGUUGGGACCUGCAGGCCGGCCAGGCCCAGCCAGACGUCACCACGGAGCCGGUGGAGGAGACCGUGGCCAUUUUCCCGCAGAGGGGCCCGCCGGCGGACACCUGGCUUCACGGUGCGGACGCCUGAGCCAUCUCCGCGAGGCCCCGGGGACCGGAUACAGGGACGCACCGGGCUGAGGAAGAGACUGCCAGCUGCGCCCGGGGCUUUGGGACCACCCGCGUCUCCCCGUCAGACUCCUGAGGGGCCUGAGCCUCCCCCUCCUGACCCUGGGUGCGAGGACCCAGCCAGGGCGCUCCUGCCGCCCUCCUGCCGCCCCGGGCGCUGCCCAGGCCCUGCUCAGCUGGAGGACGGGCCCUCAGGCACCUCCUGGGGCUGGGACCUGGGUGUGUCCUGUCUGCGCAGCAUAUGACUAACAGUCUUGGGAACGGUAGGGAGCGGCUCUAGGGUCACGCCUCGGCUGACCUGUGUCAGGGCCUCAAACACAUCCCAGCUGGAGGGCGGAGCUCUCCCUGACCCUGUAGCCUCCCUCAUUCCUUCCCAAGUAUAAGAGCUCAUGGGCUGCGGGAGGUGCAGCAAGAACAUUUGUAUACAUGUUAAUCUUCCCUGUGUUGUUGUUUUUUUUAAAAAUCAAUCUUUAUUGUUCAUAUUGUUACAAAGGUUCCUCAUGUCUUCC